AUGGCUGCGCAGCAGCAGGCGGUGCGCGUCGGACAGCCAAUGGCGGCUACGCCUGCAGGUGACGUCACGCUGGUCGUUCAGGAGCCGUUCCGGCGCUGGCUGCCCAAGGCCGCGUGCCGGGAUCGACCCACAGACGUGCGGUACGGUACGUGUGUGGCGCGCGCCGCCCGCUGGUUUAUUCGCGUCUUAUUGCGCUCCGUCCCUGCGGCCAUAUCUCGGCGUCCCACGGUGCCGGGCUACGCGGCGACGGCGCGACUGCGAUGCCAUCUCAGGCAGAGGAAAGCGAGGGCGUGCCCACGUGAUGGCCCCCUGCUGAUAGUCCCGAGAUUCCGCGUGCCACCCGCACAGGACUUCAGCACGCCCACGGUGCGGCGCAUCGUCGUCUCCCAGCAGCAGCAGCAGCAGGGCCAGGGCUACCAGUCAGCGCGGCCCCAGCAGUACCAGGGACAACAACAGUACCAGAGCCAGGCAGCGCCGGGGCAGGCGCCCCGAUACGUAGCCCCGCCCCAGCAACAACCGGCAAGCCCCAGGCCGCAGCAGCAGCCGCUGCUCAGGAGAAUCGACAGCAGGCCACUGCUACUGCCCCAGCAGCAACAGCAACAACAACAACCACAGUACCAACAACAACAACCACAACCACAACAGCAGUACCACUACCCUCAACAACAGCAAGUUUCACAUCAGCAACAACAACAACCAACACAACAGUAUCAGCAGCAACAACCACAACAAAAAUACCAGCAAUUGGUGCAACCACCACAACAAAACAAACAGCCACAUCAGCAGGGUCAGUUACAACAGCAACAAUACCAACCACAACAGUACCAUCAGCCUCAGUUGCACCAGUCACAAACACCCCAAGUUCAGCAGCAGCAACAACUACAACAGAAUCUUGCCCACCCUCCAUCAAACUAUCAGACACGACCAUUAGGUUUACAACCACAGCAGCAGCAACUGCAACAACAGAUUCGGUACAUUCCACCACCACAACAACAACAACAGCAGCAGCAGCAGCCACAACAGAGGCUAACAGUCACUACUCCCACACAACCACGUCCUCUCCAGAGACUUCAACAGGUCGUUUAUCGACAAGUGAUUCAGCAACAGCCUGGAAAACUACAGUUUGCCCAGCAGCAACAGGUAAUGCUGCGCCACCCCUGGUGA